AUGGAGCUUUCAGCGGUUGGGGAGCGGGUGUUCGCGGCCGAAGCCCUCCUGAAACGGCGCAUACGGAAAGGCCGCAUGGAAUACCUCGUGAAAUGGAAGGGCUGGUCGCAGAAGUACAGCACCUGGGAGCCGGAGGAAAACAUCCUGGAUGCUCGCCUGCUCGCCGCCUUCGAGGAGAGGGAACGCGAGAUGGAGCUCUACGGCCCCAAGAAGCGAGGACCCAAACCCAAAACCUUCCUCCUCAAGGCCCAGGCCAAGGCCAAGGCCAAGACGUACGAGUUCCGAAGCGACUCUGCCCGGGGCCUCCGGAUCCCUUACCCUGGCCGCUCGCCCCAGGACCUGGCUUCCACUUCCCGAGCCCGAGAGGGCCUCCGGAACAUGGGUCUGUCCCCGCCCGGGAGCAGCAGCAGCACCAGCAGCACCUGCCGUGUGGAGCCCCCUCGGGACCGGGACAAGGACCGGGAGCGAGAGAGGGAGAGGGACAGGGGCGCCGGCCGCGUGGAGGACAAGCCCAGCUCGCCAGGGGACAGCUCCAAGAAGAGAGGCCCCAAGCCCCGGAAGGAGCUGCUGGACCCCUCGCAGAGGCCCUUGGGAGACGCCGGCGAUGGGCUGGGGGAUUACCUCAAGAGCAGGAAGCUGGAGGACGCCCCCUCCGCGCCCCGGAAGCUCCCGGCGGGCCACAGCGUGAUCCAGCUGGCCCGGAGGCAGGACUCCCACCUGGCCCAGUGCGGGGUGGCCAGCCCCGGCCCGGCCGAGGCCACAGGCAAACUGGCCGUGGACACCUUUCCUGCCAGGGUCAUAAAGCACAGGGCCGCCUUCCUGGAGGCCAAAGGCCAGAGUGCCCUGGACCCUGGUGGCCCCCGGGUCCGGCACGGCUCAGGCACCCCCGGCUCUGUGGGGGGCUUGUACCGGGACAUGGGGGCUCAGGGGGGAAGGCCCUCUCUCAUCGCCAGGAUCCCCGUGGCCAGAAUCCUGGGGGACCCCGAGGAGGAGUCCUGGAGUCCUUCUCUGACCAACCUGGAGAAGGUGGUUGUCACCGACGUGACCUCAAACUUUCUGACCGUCACCAUCAAGGAAAGUAACACGGACCAAGGCUUCUUUAAAGAGAAAAGAUGA